UUGUAAUUCCUGUUUGUUCGUCAGCUCAAGCAAACAGAAAUGGAAGCCUGUAUGAGCACGGAGUGAAACAGGAGGAUUUUUUCACUAAAGGUCUGAAAAUAAAACAUCUUCCUCUCAAGCUACAGACCAAGCUUCACUGUAGUGCUGCUCAAGAUGUGAUGCAAGCUGUCAGAAAGAAAACGUCUACAUAUACUGUUGCUUCUUUGGUUAUUUUCAUGGGACUGCUGACAUUUAUUAUGAUACAUCUAUUGUUAAGCUGGCCGGACUCGGAAGUACAGGGUUUCUCUCAGGAUGUGAGCAGUGACUACAGUGACACGUUUGACGACUGCACGUCUGCAGCUACGGUUGUAACGGAUACGGCGACAAUGCAGAAGUGGGACGCCUGUCAAGCAAACUUCAGUCGAUCCUGGAGAAACACAAAACAAAACAUCGGAGUGCCCGUUCACCAACACAUGCAGAAGCAUCAUUCACUUGCUUUGUAUAUGUACAUAGAAUCGGCGCUGCACUCUGUCAAACACAACAUUGAGGAACCAGAAAAAAGUGAGAAGGAAAUAUUUCAACCUCACUCUCUUUACUCCUCUUUAAGCGAAGCCAUUCAGAUUGUGAGACACAGCCAGGCUACUUGUUUCCACACAAAUUACAGAUCAGAAGCACUUUUAAACCUUAACAUGUCAAAUCUGCAGAUUCGUUUCAGUACCUUCACGCUCGGUUUGAAGGAGUGGAACUCUACCCAUAAUGCAUCAUGCUUUGAGAUUUACUCAUGCUUUGGUGCUGAUGUAACAUAUUACUCCUCUCUGAAACACAAUAAGCAGGUGCUGAUUCCACCAUAUGAGGUUUUUAAAGUCACAGACAUCCAGAAAGAAAUAAAGGAGUGUCGAGUCAUCUAUAGGAUCAAGAGCAACAUGAACUGUGUUUAUGACAGAGACAGCAAUAACUUGCAGCCUAUAUCUGUGUUACCGGUGCAGGGACUUUGGCUCAUUUUCAUUAUUAUGUGCGUCAUUAUCAUAUUCCUUGUGCUACUCUCUGUCAUUGUGAAACUGCACCACAAGAAAACUGCUGAUUACACAGCUAGAUUUUUGGUGAAUCACAGAUAUCCUGCUGUAUCAGGUGAGCAAGUUCAUGCUGCAUGCUGAGUUUAAUGUUUUGUUAUGAGCAAAUAUUCAAGGAAAUAUAUUUUAAAAUACUGGUGGUCACUUUCUUGAUUAUUAAGUCCAAAUUAAAUGAAAUGCUGACAUUUUCAA